AUGCGACGGAAGGCUGCGCACCAGCCCAAGGACGAGAAGAUGGCUGCCUGGCGGGGCGGGCUCUUCUCCGUUGCCAAAAAGCACUUGUGCAACAAGAAGCUGCUGCCGUUGAUCCAGAACGUUGUGCACUUGCUGCGGUCGCUGCCGACGGCACUGCUUUUCCAUAGCGUGGCAACAUUGCUUUUCAGCACACUGCUAGCGCAGGAGCCCAGAGAAGAAAAGGUCGUGGACUCGUGGACCGACUCCAGCGGUAACGCCGACUACAUCUGGGAAGCCCCCUGGUGGGCUGGUCCUGAGGGCCUUCAACCAGGAGUCUUGGCACCGCCACAAACUCAAGAAAUAUUUGGGCAACCUGCGCACAAGUAUCCCAGUGCUGACCAGCCAGCUGCAGGCGUUCGCGUCACACACACACUGAGCCAGCUUCGUCCAAAGGACGGAACCUUGCCCGAUGUCGCCACAGAGCCCUUCCCCGACAAGUGGGUUCUAGAAAGCUCGCAGGCGCUGACGCGCGAGGGGCGCACGGAUGCUGCUCAAUUUUGCACCUGCAAGGCUUUCACAACGCACAGCGACGCGGAAACACAGUUUUGGUGCAUGCCUCGCACACUUGCCACUUAUGAUCCACGGUCUGCAGCAUGGUCUCGCGCGCCUGAUGACUCCGUCAAGAAAAAGCCCUGCCUGCAUUCAGCUGCAUUCUCCAAAGUCCUUGCCGCUCGCGAGCAGUCCGAGCUUGACAAGGCGCUCAGAGAGCUUUGCGGUGCAGAGAACGACAUACAGGCUGGGCUUCGUGUCCUUGCGUCCAAUGUCCUUGUUGCCCUUGGUCCACAGGCGCGAGCACGUUGGCGUCGUGCUAGCACACAGGAUGCAGCGGACCAGACGUACAUGGACGUGUUGUGCAAUUUGUGCAAUGAGUUCUGCAUGCGUGGCACCUGCGAACACGUGCACGUCGCUCUCCUUGAUGCAAACAUUGUUUCCUUGACCCUAGCUAAAAUGCCCAGCAGAUCAGGGGGUGCAGCCGCGCCUACUUCUGACAUGCCGCACGUGGAUUUCAUUCUGCCCGCGUGCGGGGCUGCCGAAGCUCCUCCCCGCAAGGCCGCUGCCAAACAAAAUCCAGCCGUCCUCCACGCCUGUCAGGCACUGCGUCCUAUCCUGAAGGCUGCAGACGCGCUCUCCUACGCCCCACUCCUGGCGCGUGAGCAGAUGAUGCCAGCGGACAUUGCUCGCUUGGACAUUGCCACCCGUGCCAUCUUUCCGACUCUUCCUGCGGCUGUCCUGCUUCGUGUGCAGCGAGAGUCUCAGAACGUCCGG